GCUGCGGCAGCGCAUUUGACGCUCGUGGCCGCUGCGGCCCAUCGUCGUCCAACUUGCUCCGUCUCCACCGUCACCGCCCGCCGCACCCACACAGCUCCGCUCGUCCGAGCUAGCGCCUCGGAGUCCCUCGCCGCGGCCAGGCCAUGGCUCGCGCUCCUUUCUCCUCCUGCCGGUAGCCCUCGUCUCCGCCUCCACCGCUGCGCGCCAUCUUCAGCGCCUCAUAUACGCGUGCCCAUCUGCGGCGCCCUGUUCCGAGCCGGCACUGCCUCCUGACCUGGCAUCUCUGGCGGGACACUGAGCGCCGGGCACCAUGAAGUUUGCCCGCUACCUCGAGGACAACGCCGUGGUGGAGUGGCGCAAGGCAUACAUCAACUACCGCGGCCUCAAGAAGCUCAUCAAGCAGGUCCACGCACGGCAUCUGGCCCGCACCUCGCUGGCGCUCACGCGCGCGACACCGACGAACAGCAGCCUCGGCGGCCUGCGGCGCCGCGGCGUGAUCCGCAGCGUGAGCGGAGGCUCCGUCGCCGCCCGCACGCCCGACGGCGAGUACGGCACGUUCGGCGACAGCGGCACGCCGGGCGACGAGCGCGGGCCCGAUGCGCGCAAGCUGCCGGCCAUCGACCUCAAGGGCACCGGCCUGCGCCUGCCCGAGCAGCAGAGCCGCGACUCCGGCGAGCUGACGGCCGCCGAGAGCGACGACACGCGCGUGCCUUGCUCUAGCGGCGAGAGCGCACAGGCGAAGGCGGCGUUCGACCUCGAGGCACAGUCGGCCGAUGGGCCGCGCAGGCCGCAGCGGAGCCACGUGCGGCAGCACGCCAAGCAGCACCCCAGGCCCGCGCUGCAGGGCAGGCAGGCGGAGAGCAGUCGGACACAGCCGGCUGAGGAUCACGAGGGAGAGGCUUCUGCACCGCACGAGCCCAAGGCGAAGAAGAAGAAGCACAAGAAGGGCGGCAAGAAGGGUGAGCGUGGGCGGCUCCUGACGGAGGGGUGACGCGCUGACACGUUCGAGCAGGGCAACACCACGUCACUCUGGACCAGCUGGUGCAGCAGAACUUCGACGCCGAGGAGCAGAAGUUCUUUGGCGCCCUCGAUGUCGAGAUCGAGCGCGUGCACGACUUCUUCCA